UCUCCGGCAGCGGCCAUGAGCGCCGGCGCUGAGCUGCGGAGCCUGAACUGGGCUCUCAGUCGUCGCAGCUCUCUCCGUGCGUGGCCGUGCGGCUCAGGAAGAGGCUGUGCCCCGCUCCAGCUGCAGUCGGCUCCGGCUGAAUGAAGGGCUCCGUCCAUGCGGAGGUUCGCGCUCACUCUGCUGCCCUGCGCUGCCGCCGUCCUGGUGCACUUGUGGCUGGCGCACCGACGCUCCUCCACCCCGCCGGACUGCGCUCCACACUCCGAUGAAUCUUUGCCUUUCUAUGAAGUCCUGGUGGGAGUUUUGUCAGCAAGACACCACUAUGAGCUGCGACAAGCCAUAAGAGAGACCUGGCUGGGCUACAUCAGAGAUCACCCCCACUUCCAGCACAGGGUGGAGGUGAAGUUCAUCGUGGGGAAACAUGGCUGUGCUGUUCCCGAGGAGGACAGGGAGGACCCGUACUCCUGCAGCCUCCUGAACUUCAGCGAGCCGGUGAGCGGUCAGGAUGCUGAGAUAGAGACCGUGGCGGUUGCUGACCCCUCUGUGCUCGCUCCUUCUGAUGUGUCCGCCAUCGCCGUGGACUUCAAGGUCCUCCAUCCGGUGGUCAUUACCAAACUUGGGGUGUUUUCCAGCAGCUCCAGACCUGAGCUUCAUGGAAAUGUGACGGUCAAGCUUCUGCAGCUUGAUCAAGAGGAGGCCGUGGUUACGGCUCGCUUCAGCCCCAUCAGCACAGGAACCAUGCUGAACUGGGUGUGGUACAAACCUGUGGAGCAGUUCAUCCUGCCUAAGGGUUUUGAGGGGACGCUGGUCUGGGAGAGCGCAGACUCGGCUGCUCUGACCACGGUCAACGCCUCGUCUGUCAAGCUCAGUGAUGGAGGAGGAGUCCUCAAGAUCUCCUCUAUUGCAGAGGGCAUCCUGCCCCACAGAAGUGCUCUUGGAUUUCCUGGUCUGGCCGGAGGCUUCACAUUUACCAUCUAUGAUGGAGACGGUCUGGCGGAGCUCCUGCGUGGUCGUCCGGCCCGGAUGGAGAGCCACGCCUCCAAGCUGAAGCUGGAAGACGCCGCGCUGCAGGAGGAGAGCCUCCGGCAUGGAGACAUGGUGUUGGUGGACGUGGUGGACACAUACAGGAACGUGCCUUCCAAACUGCUGCAGUUCUAUAAAUGGUCUGUGGAGAACACAGAGUUCAUGCUGCUGCUGAAGGCAGACGAUGAUUGCUACAUCGAUGUGGACUCUGUGUUAAUGAAAAUUGACCACAAAGCUCUCAAGCGCAACAAUUUCUGGUGGGGGAAUUUCAGGCAGAACUGGGCGGUGGAUCGCAUCGGGAAGUGGCAGGAGCUGGAGUACGCCAGUCCGGCCUACCCGGCGUUCGCGUGUGGAUCGGGGUACGUGGUUUCUCAGGACCUGGUCCAGUGGCUCGCCAGCAACGCAGAGAAACUGAAGGCCUAUCAGGGAGAAGAUGUGAGCAUGGGGAUAUGGAUGGCAGCUGUUGGACCACAGAAAUAUCAGGACGCCGGCUGGCUCUGCGAGAAGGAGUGUUACGCCGACAUGCUGUCGUCUCCUCAGCACACGGCGGAGGAGCUGCGCUCCCUCUGGGACAGGAAGAGGGUCUGCGGCGACCCCUGCGGCUGUCUGUGGGACCCUUAAACAUCCCCACGCCGCUCUGUGGGUAAAAUACGGACAAUUUCUGCCAUUUAUUUUGCUUAAAAAACCAAACUGAGCCAUUAUAUGUUAGAAUCUUACUGUUUAAAAAACUUUUUAGGUUCAUAAAAAUAAUCAAAUCUCGCAUCAACAUGAAUGAUUUGUGGUUUUAAAGUUCAUUUUGUCACUUUUAGCUUUAGAGAAAAUGUAUGAUAAAUGAAUAAACUUAUAAUGUUUUCUGUCAGGGAUGCACAUGUACAGAAUCCCUGUAGCUUAAAUAUGUUCCUGAACAUUGUUGGUGUUGAUACGGGUUUACAGCAGAUGUGAUGGAAGAUUAAGACUCUACGUUGUUAUCAUUUGUAAACUUCAUGAGGGUUUUUCACACUUUGUACUGUUGUCGUGCAAGCAGUGAUGUGGCCUUACUGUGUUAGUUAGGCAUCUUUGUGUGUGUUAACACUGGUGAUGUCUGCAGAACUUGAUGCGAAAGUUGGAUCCUCAAAGGUAAUAAAGAUCACUAAAGUCAGAUAAAA